AUGUCCAUUUCCAGAGACGACGACCACCCAAGACCCAAGCGCGCAAGGUCUGGCAAGCCUAAGAAAGAGACCCCUCCGGCCAAACGGAGGGUCCGGACAGGGUGUUUGACGUGUCGCAGGAAACACAAAAAGUGCGACGAAAAUCGCCCCAAGUGCGACUUUUGCACCGCAAAGGGGCUCGAAUGUGUCUGGCCGGAAGAGGUCAAGAAGAACGUUUUUGUCAACAACUCGUUCAAAGACUUUUGUUUCAGCCAGAGCAAGCAUCGCGACAGGUUCCGCAAGCCCACCGACUUCGACCUGCCCAGCUCCCUGGCCCCACUGGACUACCACCUCGGCCCGGACGAUCCGCGCACACGCAAAAAGGCCUACUCGCUCGACGUCGCCGACCACUAUCUCAGCGCAUUUGAUGGCUAUUCGCGCAAAAACGAGUAUCUCGACGCACCUCUCACGACAGCAUACCCUCUGCUCGAGACGUCCGAGUCGCCGCUGUCAGGUCUUUUUAACGCUCCGCAGGAGCUGCCAAGCCAGCUGACCAGAACUCCGAGCUUUGGGGCCAGCUCGCUCAGCUACUUCGACACGCUGCAAAGCUAUAGCAUGAACCCGUCGCUGUCAUCGGGUUCAAACGAUAAAACCUCCACCGCAUCCUCCGUCUCGUCCGACAUGUCUCUUGCCAAGAAGGACGCCGACUUCGAGCACCGUUACUCCUUUGCAGAGCCGCAGAAAAAGAGCAGAUACGGCCUCGACUACUACGACCUGCCAAACACGCUCAACGACCUCAUGUGUCUCUUCAUCGCUACCAAGGACAGCACGUCCGGUAGCAAACUGCCCAACAACGAGACCAUUUUCGAGAUCUUCACUGACAAGUCCACAAUGGAGGCUCCUUCCAUCGACGACCAUGAGAUGAUGCUGUUGAUGGAAACGUACAUCGAUCAAAUUGCUCAUUUCCUUAACAAGUCCGACGAGACCCAAUGUAACAUUUUUAUGACCAAAAUCCCAGAGCUCGCACACAAGUUCCCCUCUCUAAAGUACGCUAUCCUGGCACUUGCCUCCAGACACUUGGAGAAAGUCAGACCCGAUUAUUCGGGCGAAAAAACGUUACAAUACUAUACCUAUUCCUUGCAACAGCUCAGCAUGUGUCUGAACUCCGACAAAAACACCCUCGAGGUGGUGGCCACGUGUGUCUUGCUGUGCUAUUUUGAGAUUCUGAGCACCAACCCGGACUCCUGGCACUCGAGACUCGAAAACUGCGGCUCCAUGCUCAAAGUCUGUCACAUCAACGCACGCUCAGAAACAGAGUUGGAAAAAGCUCUAUUUUGGAGCUUUGCCGCGCUAGACAUCGGCUGUUGCGCCGUUGGAGACAGAAAGACCGUUGUUCGUGCCGAGGACUGGUUUGGCAUCGACGCUCCUUCGUGUCCGACCGAUACUGGCACUGCGUUGCAAUCCAUGUUGUACCUGUCAUGCCAGAUCUUCCAGCUGGUCAGCUCAAACGAUGCCCAGUCUGAAUUCGACAGCUGCUGGAAGUCGCUCUGGAAGCAGCUGGGCGACUGGGAACGCACCCGAUCGAGCAACAUGCGCGGCUUCUGUUUUAAAAGAGACAACUCGUUCCCAGAGACUCUUUUCAGCAGUUCCACGGCCCUUUGUGCCAACCAACUGUUCCACACAUGCUGUAUUCUGAUGCUCCAGACAAAGCCGCGGCUCGUCAAGCUAUGUGAGCCAGAGAAGCAAGAAAGGACUCCCGAUACAUUAUUCCAAAGUGCCAUCAAAACGGAGCAAGGCGAGUCGGUCUCGACCAGCAGUCUGAUGUCGCGGUCUCAGAUCUGGCACGCCAAGCAGAUCAUCGGCAUCAACGUGUGCAACAUGAAGAACGCUUCGUCGCGGAGUCUCGGGUGCCAGAUCUUGUCGCUCCAAGCGAUCUGGAUCGCCGGAAAGCUGAUCUCGUCGGCUCACGAGCAUUCGAUUAUUCUGCAACUGUUGCGGAAACUGGAGUCGUGGUCGAGCAUGUCGAUGGACUGGAGAGAAAAACAACUGACUGAGUUCUGGAAACGCGAGUGCUGA